AUGACAUCAAUAACGGCGUCCCGAAGCAGUCAGUUGGGUGCGACGACGCUCCUGACCAUCGUCAUUCUGGCGUUGGCCUGGUUCGUCGGUUUUGCCUCGCGUCUCUUCGCCAUUGUCCGGUUCGAGUCGAUCAUUCACGAGUUCGAUCCAUGGUUCAACUAUCGUGCAACCCACCAUAUGGUUCAGCAUGGAUUCUACAAGUUCUUGAAUUGGUUCGAUGAGCGCGCCUGGUAUCCGUUGGGUCGUAUCGUUGGAGGAACCGUUUACCCAGGUCUCAUGGUCACAUCUGGCUUGAUUCACUGGAUUCUGGACUCUCUCAACUUCCACGUCCACAUUCGUGAAGUUUGCGUCUUCCUGGCACCAACGUUCUCCGGACUCACCGCCAUCGCCACCUACCUCCUCACCAAGGAGCUUUGGAGCCCAGGAGCCGGUUUGUUCGCCGCCUGUUUCAUCGCCAUCUCUCCAGGAUACACCUCUCGCUCGGUCGCCGGAUCUUAUGAUAACGAGGGAAUUGCCAUCUUCGCACUUCAGUUUACCUACUACUUGUGGGUGAAAUCCCUCAAGACCGGUUCGAUUAUGUGGGCUUCGUUGUGUGCUCUGUCGUACUUCUACAUGGUUUCCGCAUGGGGAGGAUACGUUUUCAUCAUCAACUUGAUUCCACUUCACGCCUUGGCUCUGAUUGUCAUGGGACGCUACUCUUCCCGUCUCUUCGUCUCCUACACCUCCUUCUACUGCCUUGCCACCAUCCUCUCGAUGCAAGUUCCAUUCGUCGGAUUCCAACCAGUCCGCACUUCUGAACAUAUGCCAGCUUUCGGAGUAUUUGGACUUCUUCAAAUCGUCGCUCUGAUGCACUACGCUCGCAACCGUAUCACUCGCCAACAGUUCAUGACUCUCUUCGUCGGAGGAUUGACCAUUCUCGGAGGACUCGCCGUUGUUGUCUACUUUGCUCUGGUUUGGGGAGGAUACGUUGCUCCAUUCUCUGGACGUUUCUACUCUCUCUGGGAUACCGGAUACGCCAAGAUUCAUAUUCCAAUCAUUGCUUCCGUAUCCGAACAUCAACCAACCACUUGGGUCUCGUUCUUCUUUGAUCUUCAUAUCACCGCCGCUGUCUUCCCAGUUGGACUCUGGUAUUGUAUUAAGAAGGUCAACGAUGAGCGUGUUUUCAUCAUCCUCUACGCCGUCUCUGCCGUUUACUUUGCUGGAGUUAUGGUCCGUUUGAUGCUCACUCUCACUCCAGCCGUCUGCGUUCUCGCCGGAAUCGGAUUCUCGUACACAUUCGAGAAAUAUCUGAAAGACGAGGAGACCAAGGAGCGUUCAUCUGCUCAAUCAACCAACACCAAAGACGAAAAACUGUACGAUAAGGCUGCCAAGAACGUCAAAUCGAGGGUACUAUUUGAUAAUGUGUCCUGUCCUGUCAGUGUUUGUAAUGCCGCCGACGGAGAAGAAACUGCCGUCUCCGGAAACGUCCGUACCGUCAUCUCGAUCAUCCUCGUCAUCUUCCUUCUCAUGUUCGUCGUUCACGCCACCUACGUCACCUCCAACGCCUACUCUCACCCAUCUGUCGUGCUCCAAUCGUCCACUUCCAAUGGUGACCGCAUUAUCAUGGAUGACUUCCGUGAGGCUUAUCACUGGCUCCGUGAGAACACUGCUGAUGACGCCCGCAUCAUGUCCUGGUGGGAUUACGGUUAUCAAAUUGCUGGAAUGGCUAAUCGUACUACCCUCGUUGAUAAUAACACAUGGAACAACUCGCAUAUCGCUCUGGUUGGAAAGGCAAUGUCUUCGAAUGAAUCUGCUGCUUAUGAGAUUAUGACUGAGCUUGAUGUCGACUACAUUCUUGUCAUCUUCGGAGGAGUCAUUGGAUAUUCUGGAGACGAUAUCAACAAAUUCCUCUGGAUGGUUCGUAUUGCUCAAGGAGAACACCCGAAGGACAUUCGUGAGGAGAACUAUUUCACCGCUUCCGGAGAGUACUCAACUGGAGCUGGAGCUUCAGAAACUAUGCUCAACUGUCUUAUGUACAAAAUGAGUUAUUAUCGCUUCGGAGAGACUCGGGUGGGAUACAAUCAAGCUGGUGGUUUCGAUAGAACUCGUGGAUAUGUCAUUGGAAAGAAGGAUAUCACAUUGGAGUAUAUUGAAGAGGCGUACACCACUGAGAACUGGCUCGUGCGUAUUUACAAGCGAAAGAAGCUUCCGAACAGGCCAACUGUGAAGGAGGCAACGAUCCCGAUAAAGGGAAAGAAGGCGGCGCAGGGAAAGAACAAGAAGGGAGUGAUUCGAACCGCCAAGGCCUAG